GCUCACACGCAAAGCACUCGCUUGCAAAUGGCACUGGACGAGCAUACUGGCCAUAUCGGAGCCUUGGAGAAGGAGACCCAGAAGUUGGAGAGGCAGUAUGAGAUCGAACGCUCGCGCACAUCAAACUGCAUCAUUGCCCUGGAGAAGGAGUUGGCAACCAAGACGAAUGCUGCAGAAAGCGACGCGACCAACGCCCGUCUUUCUACUGCUACGGCUGCCAUCCAGAGGUUGGAGACGAUGGCAACCACCAAGGUGUCCUCUGAUACCUUCGAAAAGUUGCAGGGGCGCCUGGAUCAGAUGGAGGUGACACUGAUCCGCAAAGCCGACACCGAGACCUUGGGCAAGGCAGCACAGCAGGUCACCGAGCAGGCUCGACAGUUGGAGUCUGUCGCCAGCCAUGUGCGCGACCAGGGGAGCAAGCUUGAGGUGCUGGAAGGCCGCUCGGAGACCUUGAAGGAACAGAUCCUGCAGAAAGCCGAGUCAAGCAAUGUGUACACCGUUGAUGGAGUGGAUGGAAUGCUCCGUUCCUACUACAAUCGCGAAGAGAUGGAUGCAUUGCUGUCGCGCGUUUGGUGGCGCCUUGGAGAUGUUGCGAAAGCGCCGGUCUCUACUCCGAAGCCACCGACCAGGUGA